UCUUACGUCUGCAUAUAUCAUGGAUGUAACUAUUCCAUGAUUUAAGCUUAGCCAUUAUUUUCAGCAAAUGUUUCAGCGCUGAAGCGCGCUGAAGAGUGGUGGUUAGUUAUGGAGGAUAUGUUAUACCUCAGGAAGACAAUAUUUAUCUUAUAAUAAUGGAAUAAAAUAUAACACUAAUAGUCAAGUUGAAAUAGAUAAUAAAUUCAAUUAAAAUGGGUACCGUUGAGUACGGUUUUGCUUUAAUCGGAGGAUUAAUGCCUCAAAUUCAAGCACUUAUAGCUCCGCCAGUAUCAGAAGACUCUAAAUCAGCUAAAUCUAAAAGAGAAAAGGAGGAAAAGAAACAUCCUUAUUUUAAAAGACGAGGUCGUGGCCAUAAUCAUGAUUUUUGCGAUGCGUGUAGAGACGGAGGUGAACUAAUAUGUUGCGACAAAUGUCCAGCAUCUUACCACUUACAAUGCCAUUAUCCGCCAGUGGAUCCAACAGAUAUACCUAAUGGUGAAUGGUUGUGUUAUGCCUGUCGAUGUGCAACGAAAAGAGAAAUUUUAGGAAAUAAAGGAAAUGAUAAAAAGAAGAAAAAGUCUGCAUUAGAAAUCUUAGCUUUAGCAGCCUCUUUAGUUAAUCCUCGUGAAUUUGAGCUUCCGAAAGAGUUACAGUUGCCAAUAAUAUUUCCUGGAAGUAACAAAGUAGAUUAUGUAUCUGGUAGAAGAGGGAAGCAACAGAGUUCAUCAAACAGCAAUGGGAAAAGUCAUUGCUUGGAUAAUAAUCUGAUGGUACCAUUACCGGCUCGUCUAUGCUUCGAAUGCGGACGUAGUUGCAGGAAAGCGCCAUUAAUUGCAUGCGAUUACUGCCCACUCUAUUUUCAUCAGGAUUGUCUGGAUCCUCCACUAACUGCCUUUCCUAUUGGAAGAUGGAUGUGUCCUAAUCAUCCGAAUCAUUUUAUAGAUCAAAAUCUUUUAACUUCGUGUAGAGUAACAGAACGUAUCAAGCUUUGGGAUAAAUAUGCUAAUCAAAGGAUAGAUCAGCAUGCCGUGAAACUUGAUUUUUUGCGUAAAGCAAGUACUGCCAAUCCAUUAUUUCGCACAAAAGUAAGAUUAGAAGGACGUAUGCGGGUAAAAGUUCCUCUUUCAGUUAAAUACCACUAUGAAAAUCCACCUCAUUUGGAUCUUAGUCAUUUCAAUCAAGAAACUUCUAUAAGAUCAACAAUUAAAUUAGAAAAUGAGCGAAAAGAAAAAGAUAAAGAAACUACAAUAAUAAAUAAUUUGGAUACACUGAAAAAAAUUAAUCAUACAGAUGACAAGGAAUCGGAUAUGCUAAUGGAUAUUGAUAAUUCACCGUGCAAAAAUAAUGUAACAGAGGUAAAAUGUGACAGGAAAGAAAACGAUGAAGAAAAAUCUAUUGGUAAAGUGGAAUUGAUUGAGUCAAGUGAAUCCUGUGAAAAACAAAAUAAUAUAACACAUUCGGAUCAGUUUACAUACAAUGUAAAAGAAGGAGUGCAGUUAUUAGAAAGACCAGUGUUAGAAGCAUUAGCGCGUCAAAGAUUAGAACAAAUAUUAAAUCCAGAAGGAGAUAAUUAUAACGCGAUUAAUUGUAAAGUUAAAGCUCGAGCUGUACUUUUUUCUUUAAGCGAGAAACCUAAACCACCUGUUUUUAUGAUUAAUAAAACUAUGACUAUUGGAAAUGGACCAAAUUGUGAUUUAGUUCUAUCUAGUUAUGGUACUUGCAGAUUAAUAUCUUCUAAACAUGCUAUCAUAUUUUUUGACGAGGCAACAAAUCAUUACGAAUUACUUAAUUACAGUGAACAUGGAACAAUUGUUGAUAAUGUGUUGUAUUCUUGUAACUAUACGAAAGAAUUAGAAAAUGAUAAUAAGGAGGACAGCGAUGACAGUAAAAUAAUAAGUAAAGAACAAGAAACAUCAGAAAUGGUUAAAUCGAUAAUAUACAAAGAAAAUCCUCCUCCUUUGAAAAAUGCAUGUAAAGAAAGUUUAUGUAAAUGCAGCACAAAGUAUCGAGAAGUUAAAAAAAUAGAUUAUUUGGAAGAAGGUUGGGAAGGAAGUGCGAUUAUUGCUCACGGAUCUAUUCUAAGCUUUGGAUGUCUUACAUUUGUGUUUAAUACGAUAAGUUCACAAUUAGAUUAUUGAGAUCUAACAUUGUAAAUACUUGUGUACUUUGUGCAUAGAACUUUUUAAGUCAAUAAGUAAAUUAAAAAAUGAUCUUUUUUAUUAUAUCAUGUAAGACUUUGUAACCUGUGAUAAGGAACAUUAAAACAUAGUGUUAUGAA